AUGGCUCUCUCAACCCGGCAGAGACGUCCUCAGCCGUCCGAUCCUUCGUCCUCAUCGUCGCCGUCUGUAUCCUACACCAAAGUCGACAAGCAACCCAAAUCAGGCGGCGUCACGGCGGAGAAGGGCUUCAGCUGGUUCGUUCCGCUCCUUGCUUUGGGUAUGCUCCGCUACAUGAGCGCCACGUCGAACAUCAUUCACGACUGCGAUGAGGUCUUUAACUACUGGGAGCCUCUUCAUUACCUUCUCUACAAAUCUGGCUUCCAGACUUGGGAAUACAGUUCUCAGUUUGCACUUCGGUCAUAUUUGUACAUUCUUUUCCAUGAAUUGGUGGCUCGGCCGGCUUCAUGGUGGUUCGGUGAGGAAAAAGUGAGAGUGUUUUAUGCUGUUAGGAUGUUUCUUGGACUCAUUUCUGUUAUUACUGAAACCAUUCUGGUUUAUGCUCUGUCAAGAAAGUAUGGGAAACGUCUCGCGUCGUAUACACUUGCCAUGCUAUGCUUAACCAGCGGUUGUUUCUUUGCUAGUACAAGUUUCUUGCCAAGUUCGUUCUCUAUGUAUGCCGUCUCUCUUUCAUCAGGGUUGUUUCUUCUAGACAAACAUGCCAUGGCAGUUUCAGUUGCAGCUGCUGGUGUAAUCCUUGGCUGGCCUUUCUCAAUCUUGGUUUUUCUGCCUGUCACAAUCUACUCUCUAGCUAGAAGGUUCAAACUAGCAUUUAUUGCUGGUGCUGCCACCUCUAUUGUUAUUCUUGCACUGUCGGUUCUCGUUGACCACAGCUACUACAGCAGAUGGACCUCAUCUGUGUUAAACUUAUUGGUCUACAAUGUGGCAGGAGGCGGUGAGAGCCAUUUGUAUGGAACUGAAGGACCGCUCUUUUAUCUGCAGAAUGGGUUUAACAAUUUUAACUUCUGUUUCGUACUCGCAUUACUGUUUCUGGUAAUGCUGCCAAUCGCAAAGAAAAAGUAUUCCCCUGACCUGCUGAUUGUGCUCUCGCCGAUAUAUAUUUGGUUGGCAUUUAUGUCUCUGCAGCCUCAUAAAGAAGAAAGGUUUCUUUAUCCGAUAUAUCCACUAAUUUGUGUUGCCGCCUCAGCUGUUAUUGAGAGCUUUCCUGAUGUUUUUCGAUCCAAGUAUAAUCCCCAUGAUGAAUCUGCAUUGGUUAUGGCCACAAAGAUUCUGAGGCCAGUGAUUCUUAGUCUUAUUCUGUGUGCUUCCCAUGCUCGAACGUUUUCACUUAUCAAUGGAUAUUCUGCUCCUAUAGAGAUAUACAAGCUUUUGGAGCAUCAUGAAGAUGCAGGACCAGGUUCUGUACUUUGUGUUGGAAGUGAAUGGCACCGUUUCCCAUCAUCCUUCUUUGUUCCUGAUUAUGUGGGAGAGGUCCGUUGGAUAGAUGACGGGUUCCGAGGACUCCUUCCAUUCCCAUUCAAUUCUACGUUGGGUGGAACAGCAGCAGCCCCACCAUAUCUUAACAAUAAGAACAAAGCCUCUGAUGAGCAAUAUCUCCGGGAUCUUGAACAUUGUACAUUCCUUGUUGAGCUCGAGCUUAGUCGACCCUUCCCUUCUCGUGGAAGUGAUUCAUCAACUUGGGAGGUCAUUGCAGCAUUGCCUUACCUGGACAGGGAGCUAUCCCCUGCCAAGUACCGCUCAUUUUUCAUCCCUUAUGUGUGGAUGCACAAGAAUAUUUUUGGCAAGUACAAGCUACUUAGAAGAGUACCGAAAUGAAGGCGGAUAUAGUGUAGGUUAAACGCUCUGACAGUGUUAGAUUCCGGACCAGCCUGAGUUUUAACAUUUUACUGGACGUUACUGUAACCCCUCUUUUGAAAAGGAACACUCACAUUGUGAUGUUUGAUGAUAUAGUUUUAACUGUUCUUUGAGGUAGGACUUCCUUA